AUGUACGACACUCUUCACAACUUGGCAAUUAAAACAAAUUCAACACUUAUUUCCAUUGAACAUCGCUUUUUUGGGACAAGUAAACCAGCUGUCUCAUAUUUUUCAAUCCAAUAUCUCUCAAUACAAAAUAUUCUUGAAGAUUUAUCGUUAGUAUUGCAAGAUAUUAAAAACAAUAAUCCAAAUAUUAAAAGAAUUUUUGUAGCUGGAUGCGGAUAUGCCGGCUCAUUAGCUGCAUGGUUUAGGAUCAAGUAUCCAGAUAUCGCUGACGGAUCUUGGUCUUCUUCAUCAGGAAUCAAAUCUCAAUUUCGUUUUCCUGAAUAUGAUCAACAGCUUGCCAAUAGAAUUGACAGCAUAGACCAUAAAUGUCUCGUUCAAUCUCAUGAUCUGAUCACACAAAUCGACAAUGAAUUGUUUGUUCAACAUAAUUACGAGCUCUACAAUAUAUUUGGCAUUCCUGAAAUCGAAACCAUCGAAUCCGUUGCAUACACACUAUCAGAAGGCUUUUCUCUCCUUGAAAGAUCCGGUAUAUUACAAGAUUAUUGCCAAAAUUUGACAAAAUUUCCAAAUCUUACAACGUAUGCCAUUGCUUUUAACAGAUCAAUGAGCAUACUAAACUACAAGCUGUCCAUGUAUGACUUGGAUGACUUGCUUGAAGACGAAAAACCAAGAAUUUACAUACAAUGCAAGAAUAUUGGGUGGUUCCACGUAUAUUCGAACACAUCAUCCUAUAUUUUGAGGUCAAAGUAUAUAAAUGAGACCUUCUACCAUGGUAUUUGCCAAGAUCACUACGGUGUCAAACAAUUUAGCGAUGAUUUGAAUUACUUCCUUGAUCCAAAGGAUACACAUUUAUCGCAGAUGAUAUUCACGUAUAGAGAAUUCGAUCCUUUUUCAUUAAUCGGAAUUAAUAAAAAUAAUUCAUCGCCAAACAUCAAAUACGUGCAGGUUAACAACUCAUACCACGCAUGGGAUUUGAAUCCACGGCCAGAAUUCGAUACAGAGGCCUUAGUUAAAACAAGAGCUGAAUUAAUUUCUUUUGCUGAGAAUAUUAUAACAGAUAAAUGCUCAAAGACGUGCCCUAAUGAUAGUGGAUUUUGUGUUGAAGGAAAUUGCGUUUGCAAACCAGGAUUUUCUGGAGAAAAUUGCAAUACAAUGAUUAUGUUGAACAAACAUUACAAAGUUUUCUCUGCACUCAAUACGCUUAUACCAACUAUCCUAUUUAUCGCUAUUGUUGCCAUGCUUUUCUUUGUUUUCCCAGAAAAAUCGUAUCAUAUGAAUUUUUAA